GAGGGCGGUGUUCUGUGCGGUGUCGGGGCGUGUGGACGGGAUGAAGUGCGAGGAGUGUUAGGUGCUGCGCGAAUGCGAAAAGUUAACACAUUCAGACCUUGGAAACCCACGAGACGGCGGCGGGCGCCGGUACGUGGUGACGUCACGCCGGCCACGUGACCCCUGACCCCCGGUGGCCCGGCUUGAUACUCCCGCGCAGUCCGGACUAGUGACGUCACCAUGCUUCGAGCGCACGUGCUUAGCGCGUCCAACCUCCCCAACGCCGAGAGCGUGGGGAAGAGUGACCCCUAUGUCACGACAGUGUUCCAAGGCGUCAAGCGGAAGACGACGGUGAAGAAGGGCGAGCUGAACCCGGAGUGGAACGAGAAGCUGGAAUGGGAGCUCACCGGCAAGGCGCCGUCGGCCGAGGAGAAGCUGGAGAUGCUGGUGAAGGACUACGACCAUAUCGGCCGCAACAGACUGCUGGGCAAGACUACGAUCCUGCUGCGCAACCUCAUGAGCGGCCAAGGCCCGCAGGACCUGGAGCUGCAGCUGGUGGAUCACGACCAGCGCCCCACUACGGGCAUGCUGCGCGUGCGCAUGGAGUACACGCCGCCCAAGGUGGCGGCGCCGGCGGCUGCGGUGGGGAGUUAUGAGGCGAUCCAGACGACAUCCAGCGGUGACAUUGUCAUGGGCCAAGGCGCCGAGUACAGCGCCGCGUUGGAACACCUCGGGGCGGGGCCCAGGUACCGGGACCUGCUUCCCAACAAGGAAACCAAGUUCCAGGUGCGUGUGAAGGUGGUGGAGGGGCGCGGUCUGAUCGGCUCCGACCUGAACCCCACCUGCCGCGUAUCGCUGGGAAACGACGGCAAAUCGACGCGCGUCCAGAAGGCCACCUGCAACCCCUGGUACGACGAGAUCUUCUUCUUCUACAUGAAGAAGUUGCCGUCGGAGGUGUGGGACACGCCGGUGGAGUUCAGGGUGUGCAACUCUCGUAUGCUGCGCUCCAAGGUGGUGCUGGGCGUGUUCAAGCUGGACCUGGGCACCGUGUAUGACCAGCCGCUGCACGCCUUCGUCAACAAGUGGCUGGCGCUCACCGCACUCGACGAGGAUGCCGGCGGAGUCAUGGGCUACCUGAAAGUCAGCAUCGCCAUCAUGGGACCGAACGAUGAGUGUCCGAACCUGAAGCCUCCGGGGAACGCCGAGCAGGAGGACGUGGAGCAGAACCUGCUGUUCCCGGCCGGUCUGAGGCUGGCGCCGGCCGGCUUCCACCUGAGCGUCUACCAAGCGGAGGACCUGCCGCGGAUGGACACCGGAGCGCUGAGUACGGUCAAGAAAGUGCUGGGUUUUGGUAGCGUAUCCAGCAAGCAGCUGGUCGAUCCCUACUUCGUCUUCUGCUUCGCCGGGAAGGAAGUGCAGACGCCGGUCGUGUACAGCACGGACCAUCCGGACUUCAAGCAGCGCCUGCACCUGGGCUUCCAGUUCCCUGCCUUCGCCAACAAGCUGAAGCUCUUGUUGAAGGACUGGGACCGGGUGUCGGACAGUGACCUGAUCGGCACGACGUUCAUCCCGCUGCCGUCGAUCAGCGUGGCCGGCGAGGACGGCUUCCUGCCCACGUUCGGCCCCUGCUUCGUCAACUUCUACGGCAGCACGCGCGAGUUCAGCAUCUUCGGCAAGGACGACCAGGAGACGCUCGACGAGGGCGAGGGCGAGGGCUGCGCGUACCGCGGCCGCUGUCUGGUGGCGCUGCGCACCACCGUGGGCGAGUUUCCCAACGUGGCGUCGGAGCCCAUCGACUUCGAGGACGGACUCAAGAUCGACUCGUUCCUGCGCCGGAGGAAGUACCUGGUCCACUGCGCCUUCGAGGACGCCACCAUGGUGUCGGAGGUAGACAAGCCGGUGGAGUUCGAAGUGUCCAUGGGCAACUACGGCAACAAGUUUGAGGACUCGGUGAUGCCCAGCCCCUCCUUCACGCAGCCCACCAACGCCGUGUUCGACGGUUGCAUGUACUACUUUUUGCCGUGGAGCGGCGCCAAGCCCUGCGUCACGGUCCACUGCCAAUGGGAGGACAUCUCGCACCGUCUGCACACGCUCAACAUGCUACUGAUGACAGUAGAGACGCUGAAGCGGAGUUUGGCGGCACUCCGGACCAGCAUCCAGGCGGCGAAGGGGGCCGAGGAGCUGGCCGCCGAGUUUGUCGGCGUCUGCGACCAGCUGCUCCGCAACUGCCGGAUCCCGCUGCCGACGCCGGAGCCGCACGUGCAGUCCACCAACCUGCUGGACAACCUGCUGUUCGGCCAGAGGCGCGCCAAGCUGGAUAACAUCAUCAAGGGGGUGCUGCAGCUGAGGGAAACGGCCACCGACCUGGAGGAGGCGGCCGAUCAGCUGGAGGAGUACGGCGCGACUCUGCGCGACCUGGCCGUGGAGCCGCAGAACUCGAUGCCGGACAUCAUAAUCUGGAUGCUGAGCGGGAAGAAGCGUCUGGCGUACUGCCGCAUCCCAGCGCACACCAUCCUGUACGCCGGCGACGAGCGCCAGAGCGGCGCCGACUGCGGCCGCCUGCAGACUGUGCAGCUCAAGUUCCCGGGAGCGCGGCCUAACAAGCAGAAGAUCCCGGCGCUGCUGCGUGUCCGCCUAUGGCUGGGCAAGGAGCAGGAGUCGAAGGCCUGGAUCGCCGGGCACCGUGACGCCGAGACGGUGGUGUACGCCGAGACGUACGAGAACCAGUCGAGCAUCGCCGGCCACUGGGUGACCAAGGGCCCGACGAUGACGCGGCCCAAGUGGUCCGACGCCGGCGGCGACAUGUUGCUGCCGCGUGACGGCUUCAUGCCACCCGACGGCUGGCGGUUCGACGGAAACUGGUUCGUCGACCCCGAGCCCAGCCUGUUCUACGAGGCCGACGCCGGCCACUCCACGUACCUGGAGGACGUGUUCGAGAACGAGAACCGGCUGCCAGCUGGCAGCUGGAUGCCGGCGCUCACGCAGUGGACGGACGUGCGCGGAGACCCGUCUCAGCAGCGGGACCAGAUCGUGACGCCGCCCGGCUGGGAGUGGAACGACGCGUGGACGGUGGACCUGAACCGCGCGGUGGACGAGGAGGGCUGGGAGUACUGCGUCGAGUCCACGCUGGGAGGGUACGGGCCCGUGGACAAGCUGUACCACCUGUGCCGCCGCCGCCGCUGGGUCCGGCCGCGUACCAUGGUGGAGAAGGUCAAGGCUCAGCAGACGGAGGCUGACAAGGAGGGCUGGGAGUACGCGCCGCUCUUCGGUCUGAAGUUCCACGCCCGCGAGCGAAAGAUGGACAUGGUGCGUCGCCGCCGCUGGCACCGCAAGCUGGUGAUGUCGACCCACAGUGUGCCCCAGCUGCCCAUCUUCAGGCUGAAAGAUCCCGACUCGGAAGUUGUCCACCUCAGCUGUCCCAAGAUGUACCUGGUGCACACUAUGGAGCAGCAGUACCAGCUGCGCGCCUACAUCUACCAGGCGCGCGACCUGCUGGCCGGAGACAAGACGGGCUUCUCCGAUCCGUACGCCUGCGUCAGCUUCCUGAACUUCUCGCAGCGGACGGAGCGGGGUCGGGCCACGCUGUGCCCCACCUGGGACCAGACGCUGCUGUACGACGACCUCACCAUCCACGGCGACCCCAUGUUCAUCCUGGAGCAGCCGCCGCAGGUCAUCAUCGAGGUGUUCGACCACGACACCUACGGCGAGCCCGAGUUCCUGGGCCGGGCCGUAGCCACGCCCACCGUCCACCUGGACCCGAGCAAGGCCCACCCACCGCCGCUGCAGUGGUUCAAGUUCAGCAAGGGCGACAACGACAGCGCAGGCGAGCUGCUGGCCUCGUUCGAGCUCUACUGCAAGGUGUCGGAGCUGCCGUUCCUGCCGCCGACGAAGAAGGGUGGCACGCUGUACUACGUGCCUAGCGGCAUACGGCCCGUGCUGCAGCGUACCGCCGUGGAGAUCCUGUGCUGGGGCGUGCGCAACAUGAGGUCGUUCGAGCUGCGCUCCGUGCGCAACCCAGCCAUCGAGUUCGAGUGCGCCGGCAAGGUGGUGACGUCAGAGGUCAUGGGCGACGUCAAGCAGCAUCCCAACUUCGCCGACCCGUUCCUCUUCAUGGAGAUCAUGCUGCCGAAGGAGCCGCUGUACAUGCCGCCGCUGAACAUCAAGGUGCGGGACCACCGCAGCUUCGGCUCGCGGCCCGUGGUGGGCACGCACGUGAUCCGCUCCCUGCACGAGUACAGCAUCGAGCCGCUGAUGAACGUCAAGUCGAAGCCAGUCCGCCGCCAGUCGACUGUGCACCGGCAGUCGACGAUGACGAGGCAGUCGACCGUCAUCGACAUAGAUCCAGCCAUCCCGGAGGGCAGCCCGGCCGGCGGCGGCGGCGACGAGCAGCUGGUUGCCGUGGACGCGGCGCCGGCGCUGGCGGCGCCGGCUAGCGCCGGCCGGCGAGGCCGCUUCGGCCGCUCCAACAACUUCGAGUACCAGCAGCUGUCGGACCUGGAGUCGCAGAUCGCGGUGGCCGGCGCGCCGGCGGCGCCGCCGCGCCGGUCACCGAUGGCGCGCGCGAUGACGCUUGGCGCCGCCGAGGAGGCGCCCAUGACGGCCGUCUCGAUCCAUGGCAACUUUAGCGGCAGGGAGGGCUUCGAGCACGCGCAGGUGCUGAAGAAGGCCGCCGUGCGCGAGCCCAGCCUGGCCGUGCAGGAGCGCACCGAGUUCGUGCACGCGCUGGAGCAGCACGACCCGGAGGCGGAGGACCGCGACAAGAACCUGGACUGGUGGAGCAAGUACUACGCGUCGGCCGGCGAGCUCAGGAAGUGCGGCGACUACCUCAAGCGAGGGUACGAGAAGCUGGAGAUCUACCCGGUGGAGCUGGAGCGAGUGGCGUGCUUCGACCACUUCAAGGACAUCCUGAACACGCUGGACAUCCACCGUGGCAAGUCGUGUGAAGACGAGGAGUCGGCCACCGUCGGCGAGUUCAAGGGCACCAUGCGGGUGUACACGCUGCCGGACGAUCCGAGCCUGCCGCUGCCUCCCCGACAGAUUCGUGGCAUCCCGCCGUCAGCAUCUGAGGAGGUCAUCGUCCGCGUAUACUUCAUCAGAUGCUGGGACCUGUCGCCGCAGGAUUCCAACGGAAUGUCGGACCCGUACCUGCGCGUGCAGCUGGGAAAGCAGAAGCAGGACACCAGGGACCAGUACCGGCCCAACACGCUCAACCCCAUCUUCGGCAGCUUCAUGGAGUUCACCUGCAUGCUGCCCAAGGAGAAGGACCUCACCGUGUCCGUCAUGGACUACGACCUGGUCUCGAAGGACGACCUGAUCGGCGAGACCAAGGUCGACCUGGAGAACCGCUACAUGACCAAGUACCGCGCCACGUGCGGCAUACCGCGCGAGUACCACCUGUCGGGCCCGAACCAGUGGCGCGACGCCCAGACGCCGCGCGAGAUUCUGGAAAACGUCUGCGAGACCAACAACCGCUCGCAGCCGCUGUGGCUCUCCAAGACGGAGGUGGUCAUCGGCAACAAACACUACCGGCUCAGCGAGCUGGAAGACCGGUCGGCGGAGCGGCCGCCGACGCUGGGCCCGGACGACGAGAGGCUGGCGCUGCUGGUGCUGCACACGUUCGAGCUGGUGCCCGAGCACGUGGAGACGCGCCGCCUGUUCAACCCGGCCAUGCCCGACCUCGAGCAGGGGAAGCUGGAGAUGCUGGUGGACAUCUUCCCGAAGUUGGCGGGUCCGCCAGGUCCUCCGUUCGACAUCACGCCCCGCGAACCCAGCAAGUAAGCGCUGC